AUGGGAACAGAUCACUCUGCUGCUAUUGUGAAUGGUGAAUGUCUGAUGUGGGGCGAGGUGAUGGGUCGUAAACACACUACCCUGUUCAAGAUCGUUUGGCGCAAGUUGGUGGCUAGUGUAUCUUGUGGUGCCGAUCACACCCUGUUGCUUACACAAGACAGCCGAGUUUAUGCCAUGGGGCUCAACGGUGCUGGACAACUCGGCGUCGACAUUGCCGACUCGGCCGUACCCCUGCCCAUCGCGGUGCUCAGCAAACUGCGCGUGACCAAGGUGGUCGCGGGAAAUCAAGUGUCAGCAGCCAUCACUGCCUCGGGCGACUUGUACAUGUGGGGCAGCUGCAGAUAUGGCCAGCUGGCGAAUGGAAGGCAGAGCGACAAGACGCACCAGCUCAUCCCACUGCCCGUACAGAGUCCAAUGGAUCAUCGCGAUGGCGAGCACAUUCGUUGGACCAAGGUGGCCUUUGGCGAGCAACACACAUUGGCCAUCACUGACGCUGGACUUGUAUAUUCAUGGGGCGCCAACUCUCGAGGAUGUCUUGGCAUUGGACAUUGCAAUGAUAAGCUGGUUCCCGUGCCCGUGCUCAUUAACAAUCAGCACGUUCCAGUAUUGGACGUGGCUGCGGGUGGCCAUCACUCUGCAUUGCUGACUCGCGAUGGCAUGGUAUACACAUGGGGCGCCAACACAUUUGGACAGCUUGGCAAUGGUACUGAGGUGGACUCGCCGCAUCCACAGCUGAUACAGGUAGACGUGGAGAACAAGAAGACACAACACAUUGCACUUGGUACCAAUCACUCGAUCAUCCUCACUUACACCGGUGAGGUAUACACAUUUGGCGCGGGCGACAAUCAUCAACUUGGACAUGGUAACACGCGCAACAGACUUUGGCCGUCCUUGAUCGUCCGACCCAAGAUCAAGGCAUCUGCCAUAUAUGCGGCUGGCGACUGCUCAGCGUUGUUUGUUCAGGAUGACCAAUCGAUCCUUUCCUCCUCGCCAGCGGUCACACUGGCAUCGAGCGGGGUCACAGGCCACAAACACCUGUCUCUGUUCGUUGGCACAUGGAACUGCAAUGGCAAACGAUCUACCAAUCUGGCCAACUGGCUACUCACCAACUCGUUCGCGCCAGACAUCAUUGUUAUUGGCCUGCAAGAGAUCGUUGACAUGAAGGCCACAGCUAUCGUCAAGGCAACAGCGGCGGACGGAAUGCUCAACAAAGACAAAGCGUAUCAUCCAUGGAAACACGACAUUGAACAGACAUUGGCGCUGUGCUCCGGUGCCACCUACGUAAAGGUGAUGAGCAAGCUGCUGGUGGGUCUCAUGAUCAUGGUGUUUGUCAAGGAGGAGCAUGCUCCCUUCGUCGAGGAUGCGUGUCGGGCAGACGUGCCCUGUGGCGCCAUGGGCAAGAUUGGCAACAAGGGUGGCGUUGCCAUCAGGUUCUCACUUUACAAGACAGGCUUCUGCUUUGUCAACUCGCACUUAGCAGCGGGUCCAUCACACGAUCGAAUGGAGCGUCGCGCACAAGACUUCAAGAGGAUACAACAAAUGAUGUCAUUCGAUGGCAAUCUUUCAAUGUUGGAUCAUGAAUGCUUGGUAUGGUUUGGCGACCUCAACUAUCGCAUCGACUUGUCACAGAGCGAGUGCAAGCAGUUGGUACAGAACAAGAACUGGCAGACAUUGAUGGCGUCUGAUCAGUUGGCCACUGAGAUGGGCUCGGGUCGCGCCUUUAUUGGGUUCAGUGAGCAGUCAAUCAACUUUGCCCCAACCUACAAGUAUGAUAUUGGCACAACUAUAUAUGAUACAAGCGAGAAGAAUCGAACACCAUCAUACUGCGAUAGGAUAUUAUAUCGGGGCGAAGCCAUCAAACCAUUGGUCUAUCGACGUCAUGAGUUACACGAGAGUGAUCACAGGCCGAUAUCAUCAUUGUUCCUGGUCGAAGUGAAUGCCUAUCAAGUUGGCAAUGGCGGUUGGACACGAUUCAAGUGUGCGGAGGGGCGGUCAGAGUCACCAAUCAUCCACUCUCCGCGCCAACUGCACAACAGUGUCGUACCAAAGAUCACGAUCGGAUUGAAUCAACUGGAUCCUCAGCCACAAUCUCAACUGCCCUCUGGGCCGACCAAGGACAAGCCAGCCAAGCAACUACCCUUGCCACCCCUGCCUCCCAAGUCAGGGAGAAACAGUCACAAGUUUGUCAUGUCUCGCAGGAGGAAGAUGUCGCGAUCCACUGACGAUGCUUUGUUGGGCAUUUCACAAAGUAGAAUGUUGCGCCAUGCGAUUGGAUCGGCCAGGACACCCUCGCCUGAUCCAGGCGAGCACCCACUAGAGACAGGACAACCUCAUGUUCCAUCAAUACUUAUAUCUCCAGCAUUGUCACCAUCAAGCUCAGCUUGCAACUCGCCAAGAGAGGUGAGUCCAUCAGAUGGAAGCAGCAGUGGCUGUGAAUCAAUCACUCCCCAGCCAACCACUAUCCUUGUGUCGUCUGAAGAUGGUGAUCGUGAUUGUGAUGUCAAGCUAUCAGCCAGCGAGCCUCAAUUGCCAACAAUGUCAAUGCUGAGACAACCAAGACCAACGCGAAACAAUCAACAUCCCAAGUUUGUGUACAUUGACUAUGAUUCAGACCAGGAGGUCACCAGUGGCGAGGAGGAUGAUGACAUGGCACAGAUUAUAACACAUCUGGAAGACCUCCCCAUCAACUUCUCAGACAUUCCCGGUGUGAUCUCUGAUGACGAGUGUGCCGCUCCAUCAACAUCAUCACCAUCGAACAGUAACAAUGGCAGUGAUGUGGAGUCACCAGCGACCAAUAACAACAACAGCAACAACAACAUGGAUACACUAGAUAACCGAAUAUCCAUGCUCUCUCCAUCAUAUCGCAACUCUGGACUCAAGUAUGGCAUCGUACCAAAGAUCAUCCUGGGCAAUCAGAGGCUCAAGGAUCCAUCCACAUCUCCAGGCACAGCAGGAGCAACCGCCGAUCGACCUACAUUGUAA